AUGAUUCAAAAUCAGAAACAAGAUCAAGAGACGCUCGGAAGGGUUCUGCUGCAGUUUAUUGAAUUUUCAGUCCAUCAUCAUCAUGAGGAUUCCAACAGAAAUUACAAUCAAUAUUAUUGCCAAUUACUUUCUCAACUCUUUCAUGCUCGGAAGAAUGGUAAAGCCUUUUCAGGAAGAUUUGAAAUUCUGUAUGAAUUGGUAACGAUAACAUCAUCCAACCAUAGUUCCAACCCCAACGAUGAUGAUGAGCUUCAUCCAAAUGGAUUAUUAAACAGUCCAAUUGGGAAUCAUCAUCCGAUUAUUGAAAUUACUGAAAUUGGAAAACAGUUAUUGCCUGUUUCAGUGGCCUAUUCAAAAAAACAUGAUUUAAUGAUGGUAGUUGAUCGAAAUGCAUGUUUUUACUUUUUUCAAAAAGAGUUGAAACGAUUCAUGAAUAUGUUUGAUGAUAGAUGUCAUAAUUGGUAUCAGCAGCAUGUGUCACAUCAUACUUUGGGAAUAGUUGUGGAAAGUUGUGAAAAUGGUUGUGAUUAUGUCAUUGCUGUAUUCUCAAAUAACAUUCGAAAGUAUAAUAUGAAAUGGUAUUUCAAUAGUUUUGGAAUGCCAAGAUUGAUCUUGAUCAAAAAAUGGAUCAUCAGCGAGAAGGACAUUCAGAAAUCAACCAAACAAAAAACAUUUUUCAGACCCAAUGCAGCAGUUGUGGUUAAAGCUGACAAGAUCGGACACCAUCAUAAUACGCUGUAUGCCACUGACGGCACGAAUAUUCACGUGUUCAACUUGGUCAAUGGUAAAAUGUUGAGGACCCUUCAAAUUGGUAUACCCUUGUUCUCCAUCGAUUAUUUACAUGAAACGAGUGAAUUUGUUCUCCUCUCAGAUGAAAACAAAAUUAUUCUUUACAAUGAAACAUUACAAAUGAUUACUUCAACCAUAGGCGAAGAAGAGGAUAAUGCCUUGGAUACCACGACAGAACAAGUACUUGUGGAUCGAGCUUCUAGAAAUAUCAUUUGCAUUGGCUCCAAAUUUCAAAAUGCAAUUAUUGUCAUUUCAGGAGUCACGAGAAACCCCAUUCAUGUCUAUGGUAAAAAUGAUCAGACGAAACACGAGUAUUACAUCUCUCCACAGUGUGCUUGUAUGGACGAAAUGAAUGGUGAGCUUAUUGUUGCAGAUCGUCGCGGUAGAAUUAUCAUAUUUAAAUGA